AUGGGGUGGGUGGGAAUAGGGGCUCUAAUAGCCUCUAUAUCCUAUAUUCUUUAUAAGCACCCGCCAACAUCAUGGUCAUUUCUGCUUUCGCCAUGGAGCUUUUUGACAGGACGAAGGACACCUUUGGGUGAUCCCAACCCAGGGCCAAAUUCUACCAACCUCCCUCCUUCUGGAUGGAAUGAUAUUAGUUUGGCUGAUCCAGCAUCAAGUAAAGAUGACCAGGACGGAGAAACAACGCCAAAGGCAAAGCCUGCAAUACCAGCAUCUACCAUCCCACCUAUAACUCUCGACGAACCUCAAACUACAUCUGAAGAUGAGAAGGCUGUCGUAGAACUGCCUAAUAGCCCGAAAGUAGGGCUUGAUACUUCACCAGGACCAAAUAAUACUCCUGUUAUGGGCCCUCCACCUCCUAGGAUGACACUUGAUCCCCCUGUUCCAACAUUUAAAGUACCGGAACAACGCCUACCCACACCAGCAAGCACAUCGUUAAUGCCUCCGCCGCCUCCGCCUGCUCCUAAGCCCUCUUCCUCUUUAAGGGCGCCUCUUCGCCCUCCACCGUCAGCCGCAGCCUCCCUCCGUGUCCCACCAGGGUCACGGCCUACAACCAGCACUCUCCCAGUCCUUCCUCUCCCAGGCAAACCACAACGAUCAUCUCGACCCGUCAUAUUAGAACCAGGCCACUCUCCACUUGACUGGGCAGCGCUGACGUCUAAUCCACGGAACAACCUUCGAGGUGCGGGUCUACCACCUACACUGAUCAGGGUUACACCCUCGAUGUUAAAGCAGCAUAAUGGACGUAAGGGCAGUGAUGCGUGGACAUCGUACCAGGGGAAAGUAUAUAAUAUUACUCCGUUUGUGCCAUUUCACCCUGGUGGGAAAGGAGAGCUGCUUCGUGGUGCUGGCAAGGAUUCAGAGAAGUUGUUUGUAGAGAUCCAUCCGUGGGUGAAUUGGGAUGGGAUGUUGGCUGAAUGUAUGGUUGGGAUAUUGGUUGCCGAGCACUCCCCUGGUGAAAAUCAAAAUGCGGGACUUGACGAGAUGGACUGA